AUGACCGCUUCGACCAAGCCUUGGGACGCGCGCUACGUGAACCCCGAUCACCCACACGACAGCACUUACUACAUGAAAUGCAUCGGUGGCGGCAUCCUCGCCUGCGGUACGACCCACACCGCCGUGUGUCCCCUCGACGUGGUCAAGUGCAACAUGCAGGUGUGCCCCGAGAGGUUCAAGUCGCUCGCGCAGGGCAUUAGCCUUAUCAUGAAGGAGGAGGGCAUCGGUGCCAACGGCUUACUGAAGGGCUGGCUGCCGACGCUGUGUGGCUACUCUGCCCAGGGCGCCUUCAAGUUUGGCCUCUAUGAGUACUUCAAGGACUUCUACGCGAACAUGGUCGGCCGGGAGAACGCUAAGAAGUACGAGGGUGUCAUCUGGCUUGCCGGCUCCGCAUCCGCGGAGUUCUUUGCUGAUAUGGGCCUGUGCCCGUUCGAGAUGGCCAAGGUGAAGGUGCAGACGUCGCCGAAGGGCACCUUCCCAACAGGCAUGCUCGCCGCCAUGUCCGCCAUGCGCGCCGACCCCUCUUCCGGCUUCCCCUACAAGUCGCUGGCACCGCUGUGGGGCCGCCAGAUACCGUACACGAUGGCCAAGUUCUUCUUCUUUGAAAAGGUUGUGCGCAUGUUCUACGAGUACGUCUUCACGAAACCGAAGGAGCAGUACAACAAGGCCACGCAGCUCUCCAUCACCUUCGCCUCCGGCUACAUUGCUGGCGUAAUCUGCGCCAUUGUUUCGCACCCCGCGGACACCCUUGUCUCUGCCCGUGGUAAGACGAGCAACGCCGGCAAGUCGUAUGGCCAAAUCGCGAAGGAGAUGGGCUACAUGAACGUUUGCACCAAGGGACUCGGCACUCGCAUCCUGAUGAUCGGUACGCUGACGGGUCUGCAGUGGUGGAUCUACGACACGUACAAGACCACCCUCGGCAUGGGCACCAGCGGUGGCAGCGGCAAGAAGUAA